CUGAGCUUCAGCCAUGCCGAUAGAGAGAGAGAGAGAGGUUUGAAGGGAGAAGGGAGCGGGUCUGGCUGAGACUGAGUUAGGUGAGGUUUGCAGUGACUCGGUGAGUUCGUCACUGCUACAUUGAGCGACCAGGUCGGAGCGCGGAACUUCCAUUCUCUCCUAUCAGAGGACGAGCCGGGAGCAGGGAAGCUAGCCGGAGAUGGACGUUCCCCGAGACCAAAUGACCGCCCUCAUCGACCAUGGCCUGUUCGGCUCCGCCGAGAUGCUUGGUUGCUUUCUGGUUUCAUCGUCCUCCGUGAACGCUGAGACUAAUCCUCACCUCAAGGCCGAGAAUUUGGUGCUCCUUGGAGAUGCUUUGUUUCGGGAGAGGGAGUAUCGGAGAGCUAUUCACACGUACAAGCAAGCCUUGCAGUACCAUAGGAUCAACCCGAAACAGUCUUCGGCUAGCACCAGAAGUUCGUUGUCUGCAUCGAACAGGUCGUCUUCUCCAAAUUCUUUUCAUGCAUCAGCAAUUAAUGAAAAUGAGGUAAAACUUAAGAUUGCAUCCUGUCACUGCUCUCUGAAUGAGGGGAAAGCAGCAAUUGCUGAGCUCGAAGGGAUUCCAAGCAAAGCAAGGAACUUGCAAAUGAACUUACUAAUGGGAAAACUUUACCGCAAUUCUAGACAUAACCGUGCUGCUGCUGUUUGUUAUAAAGAGUGUAUAAGAAAUUGCCCUUAUGUUCUUGAAGCUAUCAUAGCUCUGGCCGAGCUAGGAGCUACUGCCAAGGAUAUUAUUUCCUUGUUUCCUCAGACUCCAAAUAGAGGCAGCAGGGCUUCAUACGACCAAUUUGAUUCAACACGUUGGCUACAACGCUAUGUUGAAGCUCACUGCUGUAUUGCCAGUAAUGAUUACAAAGGUGGUCUGGAACUUUUUACUGAACUGCUGCAACGCUUCCCUAAUAACGUACAUUUAUUACUUGAAGUUGCCAAGGUUGAAGCCAUUGUUGGAAAGACUGAUGAGGCCAUCAUGAACUUUGAAAAGGCUCGAUCAGUUGACCCAUAUGUAGUAACCUACAUGGAUGAGUACGCCAUGCUUCUGAAGAUGAAGUUUGAUUACACAAAGCUCGGGAAGUUGGUGCAUGAUUUGUUGAAUAUUGACCCAACAAGACCGGAAGUUUUUGUUGCUUUGUCUGUGCUGUGGGAAAGGAAAGAUGAGAAAGCAGCUCUGUCUUAUGCUGAGAAGAGCAUUCGAAUUGACGAGAGACAUAUACCUGGUUAUAUGAUGAAGGGCAACUUGUCUUUGUCAAUGGGUAGACUAGAAGCAUCGGUGAUAGCCUUCAGGGUAGCUCAAGAACUGAGGCCCGAUCUUCGUUCAUAUCAAGGAUUAGUUAGGUCUUAUUUGGCAUACUCAAAAAUCAAAGAAGCCCUCUAUGCUGCGAGGGAAGCCAUGAAAGCCAUGCCUCACUCUGCAAAGGCUUUAAAACUAGUCGGAGACGUACAUGCCAGUAAUCCCAGUGGCAGGGAAAAGGCGAAAAAGUUCUACGAAUCUGCCCUUAGGCUAGAACCCAGUUACCUCGGAGCCGCCUUAGCUUUGGCAGAGCUGCACAUCCUCGAGGGUCGGAAUGGAGAUGCGGUGUCUCUCCUCGAGCGGUAUCUUAAGGACUGGGCUGACGACUCUCUUCACGUCAAGUUGGCCCAAGUUUUUGCUGCAACUAAUAUGCUGCAAGAGUCCUUCUCUCACUAUCAAGCUGCAUUGAGGAUCAACUCACAGAAUGAAGCAGCCAAGAAGGGGUUGGACCGUUUAGAGAAGCAGAUGAAGGGAGUGGAUCCAGAUGCCCCCGAAGAAGAUGAGGAGAACGAGGUAGAGGAAGCUGAUGGGGAUGUAGAAGAAACUGAACUACUAUAAGCUUAUUAACCGAGAAAUUCCCAGCUAUUCCUAAUACAGCACUUUGGGUUGGAGUCGAGCAUGUCGAUUGUUUAAUACUCGGACUGCCCCAUGGCAGAAUUUGCUUCAGGCCUGGAGAAUAAAGAUCCUGCAUCUGACUCAAAUUAAGUCACAAGAGCAGUUUCCAAGUUGAGAAUCCGAAAGGUUCAUACCAGUCACCACCAGCUUAGUUCAUGCUUGAGGUCUUUUUGCCUUAAGAUGGUGACUGGCUCAAGCCUUUACCGAGGGAGGAUUCUUGGCCAGAUUGGGUAUGAAAGGAUUCAACUACCCCUAUCUACUCCAAAACCAUUGUUUGCUAGAUUGUAACGAUGUUGAUAAACUGAUGAUGGCAUAGUGUUUUUAUUUUUUUCCUUAAAUUUAAGGCCGGCUCAGUCAAGGAUUUGUCUAUGUAAAAAGUUUUACUGAAAUUGUGUGUAACAUUAUUUUCUGGCUAAGGAGUUGUGGACUAUUUGCUGAUAAGUAUUAUUGAUGCAUAUGUUUUGUGGAUUUCGUAGUUUAUUGAUAAGCAUUGAAAAGGGCAUUAUUGCAAUAGCCCAUUAUAUUUGAA